AUCUCCACACUGGGCCACGGACUUCACUUCCGCCACUACCCCGAUACUUCCGGAAUCUGCGGGAACGGCCCGUUGCCAUGGCGGCUAUAUACACAGUUCUGCUGCAGCGAGUGCAGGGUUGCGGUCGCUGCUCCUGCAGAGGUCGCGCGGCUGGAGGGCCUCUGCCUCGGGAGCGAGUUCAGAUGCUGCCGCCGCUUAAAACUAUGAAGGAUCCAUAUGAGAGCGUCUGGUCUGGGCAGGAGCGCUGGCAGUAGUGACUGAAGAUGGACCCACAUGUGGAGAUUCAGCCAGCCACCCUCUGACCUCCAGCCAUGACCAUCACUACCAACCACCAUUUCUUGAGUACCUGUUCUGUGCUGGGCACUGUUCUGGACAUUGCGGGGGGAUUCAAAAGAGAUAAAGCACAGUUCUACCCCUCAAGCAACUUGUAAUUUAAUUUGGGAGCGGAAACCCAGUCAAAUGAUGCGGCGUAAGAAUGGUAACAAGCAUUAUUUCACUAGAAUGGGUACUAGGAAAAAAGUUCUUGCCUUUGUCCGUGUCAAACCCACCGAUGACUUUGCUCACGAAAUGAUCAAAUACGGAGACGACAACAAAAGCAUUGAUAUUCACUUAAAAAAAGAUAUUCGGAGAGGAGUUGUCAAUAACCAGCAGACAGACUGGUCAUUCAAGCUGGAUGGAGUUCUUCACAAUGCCUCCCAGGACUUGGUUUAUGAGACGGUCGCAAAGAAUGUGGUUUCUCAGGCCCUCGACGGAUAUAAUGGUACCAUCAUGUGUUACGGGCAGACAGGAGCCGGCAAGACAUAUACCAUGACAGGGGCAACUGAGAAUUACAAGCACCGGGGGAUCCUUCCUCGUGCCUUACAGCAGGUUUUUAGGAUGAUCGAAGAACGCCCCACACACGCCAUCACUGUGCGUGUUUCCUACCUGGAAAUCUACAAUGAGAGUCUGUUUGAUCUCCUGUCCACUCUGCCCUAUGUCGGACCAUCAGUCACACCAAUGACCAUCGUGGAAAACCCUCAAGGGGUCUUUGUAAAGGGCUUGUCAGUCCACCUUACAAGUCAAGAGGAGGAUGCAUUCAGCCUCCUUUUUGAGGGAGAAGCCAAUAGGAUUAUAGCCUCCCACACGAUGAACAAAAACUCGUCCAGGUCACACUGCAUUUUCACCAUCUAUGUGGAGGCUCAUUCGCGGACCUUAUCAGAUGGAAAGUACAUCACUUCCAAAAUUAACUUGGUGGAUCUGGCGGGUUCGGAAAGGCUGGGGAAGUCUGGGUCUGAGGGACGAGUCCUGAAGGAAGCCACGUACAUCAACAAGUCGCUGUCAUUCCUGGAGCAGGCCAUCAUUGCCCUUGGGGACCAGAAGCGGGACCACAUCCCCUUCCGGCAGUGCAAGCUCACCCAUGCCCUCAAGGACUCGUUAGGGGGAAAUUGCAAUAUGGUCCUCUUGACAAACAUCUAUGGAGAAGCCGCCCAGUUAGAAGAGACGCUGUCUUCACUGCGGUUCGCCAGCAGGAUGAAGCUGGUCACCACUGAGCCUGCCAUCAAUGAAAAGUAUGAUGCUGAGCGAAUGGUCAAGAACCUGGAGAAGGAGCUGGCACUGCUCAAGCAGGAGCUGGCCAUCCACGACAGCCUGGCCAACCGCACCCUUGUGAACUACGAUCCCAUGGAUGAAAUCCAGAUUGCUGAGAUCAACUCCCAGGUGCGGAGGUACCUAGAGGGGACGCUGGACGAGAUCGAUAUAAUCAACCUCAGACAGAUCCAAGAAGUGUUCAACCAGUUCCGGGUGGUUCUGAGCCAACAGGAACAGGAAGUAGAAUCUGCUUUGCGCAGGAAGUAUACCCUCAUAGACAAGAAUGACUUUGCAGCCAUUUCUGCGGUCCAGAAGGCAGGGAUUGUGGAUGUUGAAGGACACCUAGUAGGUGAGCCUGAUGGACAAGGCUUUGGACUCGGGGUCACCCCUUUCUCUGCCAAACCUGGGAAGAAAUCCAAGUCCAAGAAGACAUUCAGAGAGCAGCUCAGCUCCUUAGCAAGAAAGGAAGGUGCCAGCAGCCCUGUGAGUGGCAAAGAGUUGGAUGUCUCUAUGUCCAAGACCCAGAUGACCCCAUCCUCCAAGGAGGGGGAUGUCAAAGACAUGAUUAUGCGGGAGCGGGAGACCUCCAGCAUUGAGCCCCUUCCUUCGGAUUCCCCAAAAGAGGAAUUACGCCCACCCAGGCCCAGUACCCCACCCCCCAAACCUGUGGCCUUUGAGGACUUUAAGAACGAGCGAGGCAGUGAGAUCAACCGCAUCUUCAAAGAGAACAAAUCCAUCUUGAACGAGCGGAGGAAAAGGGCCAGCGAGACUACACAGCGUAUCAAUGCCAUCAAGCGGGAGAUGGACGUGACCAAGGAGGCACUAAAUUUUCAGAAGUCACUCCGGGAGAAGCAAGGUGAGUAUGAAAACAAGGGGCUGAUGAUCAUCGAUGAGGAGGAAUUCCUGCUGAUCCUGAAGCUCAAAGACCUCAAGAAGCAGUACCGUGCUGAGUAUCAGGACCUGCGUGACCUCAGGGCAGAGAUCCAGUACUGCCAGCACCUGGUGGAUCAGUGUCGUCACCGCCUGCUCACAGAAUUUGACAUCUGGUACAACGAGUCCUUCUUCAUCCCUGAGGACCUACAAAUGGCACUGAAGCCAGGUGGCAACAUCCGGCCGGGCAUGGUGCCUGUCAGUAGGCUCAUGUCUCUGGGAGAAGAUGACCAGGACAAGUUCAGCCAGUUGCAGCACAUGCUGCUGCCCGAGGGCCCUGACUCCAUCUCCUUCUACAACGCCAAAGCCAAGACAGAACAGAAGCACAAUUACUUGAAAACCAUGAUGGGCCUCCAGCAGGCACACAGGAAAUAGGGAUUUGUCGCCAGUGCCUUCAAGGACAAGACCCCCAGUAACUCCUGCCGCUCUAGCAUGGGGGCUGCCAAACCACUUGCUUAGAGCUCCGGAUGGCCCGCGCCAAGGCUGGAGCCCAGCCCAGGGAACUCGCAAUGGCCUCCCUCCCAACAGGAACAUCCUUCACAGGACACGCAUCUUCAUACCACACUUUGCGUUUCAAUUCACUGUUGUAUACGCAAGAAUGGGAUAAAAUAACUUUCCAGUUUGGAUGUUCGGUGCUCACUCAA